AACAAAUGUCUUUUACCUCCAAACUCCCCCCGUCCUGGAACGACAGACCCCCUCCUCGUAAGGUGGAGAUUGACCUGAGUUCACCGGGGCUGGCUGUGUUUGAGCUGGAACGACUCCUGUUCACUGGGAAAGCCAUCAUCAGCCAUGCAGACGAAGUGUGGCCCAGACUUUACAUUGGAGACCAGUAAGUGCAGUGACAAUAUGUUUCCUUUCAUUUUGGUUGACACUGGAAUUUAACCUAUGGUCACUUUAAGUGGACAAGAAUUUUGUACAUCAUCGGAUCCAUAGAGACUAAUCCAAGGCAUCAUUUGGACGAGGCUCCGAUGUGUGUAAGGGGAGCUGAUCAUAAAUCAGUUUUUAAAUGCUUGGGCCCUCUAAAGUAACUUGAAUUCUGUGUUGGGAAAGUGCACAGGUUUAUCCGAUCAUAGUUCCCAAUGUGGACCACAGUAGUGUGAAAACUUAAUAUCAGAUUGCCAGUUAUUUGCUCUUAUCCAAUCUAUAUGUACAGUGCGUUCGGAAAGUAUUCAGACACCUUGACUUUUUCCAAAUGUUGUUACGUUACAGCCUUAUUCUAAAAUUGACAAUUGUUUUGUUUUUCCUCAUCAAUCUACACACAAUACCCCAUAAUGACAAAGCAAUAACAGGAUAUUAGAAAUGUUUGCAAAUUUUAAAAAAACUAAACAAAUAUUACAUUUACAUAAAUAUUCAGACCCUUUACUCAGUACAUUGUUGAAGCACCUUUGGCAGCGAUUACAGCCUCAAGUCUUCUUGGGAUGACGCUACAAGCUUGGCACACCUUUAUUUGGGGAGUUUCUCCCAUUCUUCUCUGCAGAUCCUCUCAAGCUCUGUCAGGUUGGAUGGGGAGCGUCCCUGCACAGCUAUUUUUAGGUUUCUUCAGAGAUGUUAGAUCGGGUUCAAGUCCGGGCUCUGACUGGGUCACUCAAGGACAUUCAGAGACUUGUCCCGAAGCCACUCCUGCGUUGUCUUGGCUGUGUGCUUAGGGUCGUUGUCCUGUUAGAAGGUGAACCUUCGCCCCAAUCUGAGGUCCUGAGCGCUCUGGAGCAGGUUUUCAUCAAGGAUCUCUCUGUACUUUGCUUCGUUCAUCUUUGCCUCGAUCCUGACUGGUCUCCCAGUCCCUGCCGCUGAAAAACAUCCCCACAGCAUGAUGCUGCCACCACCAUGCUUCACGGUAGGGAUGGUGCCAGGUUUGGCAUUCAGUUCAAUCUUGGUUUCAUCAGACCAGAGAAUCUUGUUUCUCAUGGUCAGAGUCGUUAGGUGCCUUUUGGCAAACUCCAAGUGGGCUGUCAUGUGCCUUUUACUGAGGAGUGGCUUCCGUCUGGCCACUCUACCAUAAAGGCCUGAUUGGUGGAGUGCUGCAGAGAUGGUUGUCCUUCUGGAAGGUUCUCCCAUCUCCACAGAGGAACUCUGGAGCUCUGUCAGAGUGACCAGCAGGUUCUUGGUCACCUCCCUGACCAAGACCCUUCUCCCCCGAUUUCUCAGUUUGGCCAGGUGGCCAGCUCUAGGAAGAGUCUUGGUGGUUCCAAACUUCUUCUAUUUAAGAAUGAUGGAGGCCACUGUGUUCUUGGGGACCUUCAAUGCUGCAGAAAUUUUUUGGUACCCUUCCCCAGAUCUGUACCUCAAAAAAAUCCUGCCUCGGUGCUACGGACAAUUCCUUCGACCUCAUGGCUUGGUUUUUGCACUGACAUGCACUUUCAACUGUGGGAACUUAAAUAGACAGUUGUGUGCCUUUCCAAAUCAUGUCCAAUCAAUUUAAUUUAACACAGGUGGUCUCCAAUCAAGUUGUAGAAACUUCUCAAGGGUGAUCAAUGGAAACAGGAUGCACCUGAGCUCAAUUUCAAGUCUCAUAGCAAAGGGUCUGAAUACUUAUGUAAAUAAGGUAUUUCUGUUUUUUAUUUGUAAUACAUUUGCAAACAUUUCUAAAAACCUGUUUUUGAUUUGUCAUUAUGGGAUAUUGUGUGUAGUUGAUGAGGAUUGUUUUUUUAUUUAAUCCAUUUUAGAAUAAGGCUGUAACAUAACAAAAUGCGGAAAAAUUAUUUGUUACUUGUUCAUUGUAGACUGCAUUUAUUUGUUUAUUCUAGACUUGUCCUCAACAUGUACAAACAUCUAUUUUCAUAGUUGUUAUGCAAUGUUUUUGAAUAAACUUGAAACUUGUGGUUUUCAUAGGGACAGUGCUACGAAUGUCCGCCAGUUGGCCAACCAUCGUGUCACCCACGUCUUGAACGCAAACCACAGUAAACGGCGAGACGGGGUGGAGACAUACCUGGGCAUGAACAUCAAGUACUUUGGCAUCGAGGCCCAUGACUCCUGUAAUUUUGACAUUAGUGUCAACUUCCAGACUGCAGCAGACUUCAUCCACAGGGCCCUCAGUGAAGGAGGUGAGUGGAAGUCCAGACCAGGGCCUUCUCAGUGAAGGAGAAGUUAUAAGUACAGCAUCAUUGAUUGUAUAAAGUACUUCAUCAUAGAUUGUAUGUUAUAGCUUGUUAUAGAGUAAUACGUUGUUAAAAUGGGGAAUGCCUGUAUAAUGUUAAAAGUGUGGUAUGGCCAAGUGUAUGAUGAAAUGUGCAUUGUACAUGUCGAAUAAUUAUUUCCUUUGCAAACAUUACAUUUCUAUCUGCAACGCACUGAAAGGUCACACUGAAAGGAAGAAGGAGUUUCCAGAGGGGAAGUUACAGUACCACAGUGGGCUUAGUGUGAAAAGAUCCAUGUUCUCUCCCCUCUUUUUACCCUCUACCCCCCCACCUCUCCCUCAGGCAUAGUGCUGGUGCACUGUGCGGUGGGGGUGAGUCGUUCAGCCACCCUGGUUCUUGCCUACCUGAUGCUGAGACAGAACCUGACCCUGGUGGAUGCCAUCUGUGCUGUGAAGGAUAACCGCGGUGUGAUCCCCAACAGAGGCUUCCUCCGACAGCUCAUCAACCUGGACAGCAAACUCUAUGGCCACCUCCGCAACACCACCUACACCUAG